AUAUCGGAGACGAGUGCCCGUUCGAAGCCCGAUCAAGAAGGUAUGAGUAAGACAGAGAAUAUGUCUAGGAGAGAAGUUUAGCGUUAAUGGACCUCACAAGAGCAGCAUUGCCAUCGAGUCCUCGUCAUAAAAGAUGUCAGACUCUGUUGAUGACAAAGAUAUUAUUGAAGAAGCCAUGGAUUCUCGAGUGACAUGUGGGAUCUGUAGAGGGCGCUACAACGAUCCCCGCCUUCUGCCAUGUCUUCACUCAUACUGCCUGUCUUGUCUUCAAGGGCUUGAGGCCCAUGUUCUCUUCUAUCGAGAUGAUGGAAGCAGUGAUACUAGCUCCCUGAGUAGUAUGCUUAGCAACUUGGGCACCAAGGCAACAGCGAUCAUUUGUCCAGCGUGUGGUACCGAAGUGGAGUUACCCAAGGGAGGGCUGGCAGUGUUUCCAGUGGAUUUCAUUGCUCAGAGGAUGCUGGUACUUGACUCCCUGAACCCAAACUCUAGCAAUCUCAUCUGUGAACUUUGCACGGAUACCUCCAAGGCCAUUUCACGCUGUGUAGAAUGCAUGGUGAAUGUGUGUGGUUUCUGUGUACAGGCUCACAAGAGACAACGUAAGACUGCCGGCCAUGAAGUGAUCAGCCUCCACGAAGCCCAGCGUCAAGGGACGGCCAACCUUCACUGCCCUGUUGUGUGCCCGAAGCAUACCCAAGAGGAGCUGAAGUUUUUCUGUGAAACGUGUGACCAGCCUGUGUGCAGGGAGUGCUGUCUGGUUGAGCAUCGGGAGCAUCUUGUGGAAUAUACUGAGGACGUAGCGGAACACCAUGCUAGGGUCAUCGCUAACCUGAUCUCGCGUCUUCAACCUCACAUGCAGGCUAUCAUGGCCGGCAAGGCUGCAUCAGAACAUCUUGAAUGCAUGAUCAAGGAGCGGGGAGAGCAGGUCAAGUGUGAGGUGAACCACUACUUCGACAGCUUCAUCCAGGCUUUGCAGUUGCAUCGGCAGUCCUUGCUGACACAGAUCGGGCAGGUGUGCGACACAAGGUCCAAGUCCCUGCAGUCGCAACGGAUACAACUCCAGCAGAUUCUCACUGACAUGGAGCACAGUAGCCGACUAGCAUCUCAAGCCCUGGCUGACAGCAACAACAAGGAGCUCAUGUCCAUCAAACCACUCAUCUCUCAAAGGUUGUGCCACCUGAAUAGAAUCUCCUACCAGAGCACACCUAAAGGAGACUCAACUCUGCAGUUUAAACCAAAGAUACUGUCAAAGAAGAUGGUGAAUGGAUUGCAGGUUCCGGGAGUUGUAGACACCAAGAUGGCCGACUCUAUGAGGACCAUCGCAAAGGGAGAUGGUCUUCAUAGAGCAAACCUAGGCAAGCUAACUACAGUGACUGUUCUUCUUCAAGAUACUAUGGAGCAGGCCUAUCACAAUGGUGGAGAUGAAAUCAUGGCAGAAUUACUCUCCAUAGAGGGCAGAACAAGAACGUACCAAUGCAAGGUGAUUGAGAAUAGUGAUGGGAGUUACGGAGUGAGCUACACACCCAAGCAGCUCGGAGCUCAUUCACUCAACAUCCUUGUCAAUGGACAUCAUAUAAGGGGGAGUCCAUUCAGUGUCACGGUGAAGGUUGGAUGGCAGGAGCAUACCGGUAUUUAUCAUUGCUGUACGUUCUGUUCCAGUGAGGGCAGCAAACAAGCUACAUGUGCAUGUGGAGCCGUCAUGCCCGGUGGCUUCAAAGGUUGCGGUCACAGCCACCCUGGACACCCAGGGAAGUGGCACUGGUCCUGCUGCGCCGUCACUGAUAGAGAGGCCGAAUGCAAUGCCGACAUCAAGCGUCCUGCAAAGAAAAGGGACAACACCCUGACCGUGCUGCGCAACAGACUCCACAGCACCAGCUCGGGAUCCAGCGAUAGGUCGUCUAGAUCAGGGGAUGGAGGACCGGUGAGGUUUACUGAGAAACCAACGGUUGGCAAGAGAGUUCCUACAACUAAAGUCAAGACUGUAUCGUUAUAGCAGACUUUAUAGCUACGGGGGGCCGUCUCAUAAAGAUGUUUAUAAGUCACGAGCAACUAGUGAUCAUUUCUUGUGCUGAAUGAGAUAUCCCAAAUUUCUUUGUUUAACAUAACAAGAGUGGAUUUCCUAUCCUUUACCAAAAUAUUAAAAUUUUAAUUGAUAUGACUGUUUAAAAAUGAAAAUUCAAAGCUACAAUGAUUUGAUUUCAUUGUAGUACACAUGGUUGAUGGGAAUAAAAAUGAAUUAGAUUCUGAUGCGCCACAAGAAAGGAUCUCCAGUCAAUUGCAAAGUCUUUCGUAAUUUAUGAAUAGCUUUAUGAAACACCACCCAAUUGUACUUGGUUUUACUAACUUUGGAUCCACUGACAAAUUGUCAGGUGCCUGUUGCAGAAUGAAUUCAAUACCAUCAA